AUGCAAAGAGCCAUCUACAACUCGUUGGUCAAGUCCGUUCCACGUGCUGCUGUCUCCUUGAGAGCCGCACCUAGAUCUUCCGUUCUUGCCUUCCAGCCAUUCACGGGCGUAAGAUUCAAUUCUACUAAGGCUGAACCAGAAGUCAAGGCUACUGAAAAAGAAGCUGCUGCUGAGACUGGCGCUAAUGAGAACGCCUCAGAAGCCACUGAGGCUGCCGAGGAAAAAUCUCAGGAGACCAUUUUGCAAGAGAAGUUGGCUGAGAAAGACAAGGCAUUGGCUGAGAUGAAGAACCAUUAUGCCCAGGCCAUCGCUGAUUUCCGUAAUUUGCAGCAAAUCACCACCCAAGAAGUGAAGAAAGCUAAAGACUUUGCCUUGCAAAAGUUUGCCAAGGAUUUGUUGGAGUCCUUGGACAACUUUACCUUGGCUCUCGGAUCUGUUCAGGAGGAGACCUUGAAGGCCAAUGAGGAGGUCAAGAACUUGUUUGAUGGUGUUUCUAUGACCAGAAACGUCUUGGAGAAGACCUUGGAGAGACACGGUAUCGAGAAGAUUGACCCAAUGGGCGAGCAAUUCGACCCAAACCAGCAUGAGGCUACUUUUGAGGUUCCACAGGCAGACAAGGAACCAGGAACCGUGUUCCACGUUCAACAAUUGGGUUACACCUUGAACAAGAGAGUUUUGAGACCAGCCAAGGUUGGUUUGGUGAAGGAUGUUGAAAACUAA